AUGAGCACAGGCGUCGAAUCGAUCAUCCUGUGCGUGAUUGUCGUAGUUUCAGGAAUAUUCAUACGACAUUCGGUAAACGGUAAUCCGUAUCGCGAUAAUUACAUGGUGACACAUUCAAAAUAUAAUUAUUCGGAAGAGCGGAUAUUCCAGAAGGAAAGAGAUCCUGAUGAAAAAAAUAGUGGUUUACAGGAUGCUAAUAAUGAUCACGAAGCGCAAUCGAUUUUGGAUUCUAAAGAUAAAAAAGAAGAAAGAUUUGAAGUAACUAAUUAUUUUCAAGAGACACUCAGAGAGUCAUUCCGAGAUGAUGAUUAUGACAGAGGUUUUUCUUUGUUUGACUUACUUGAAUCCAUGCUGUCAGUUGUAGCAAAUGGAUUUAGCACAGUCGUAAGCAGUAUUGUUGGUACUGAAAAGAAAAAUUUACGAUCGAAUGUCAGUAGAAUAAAUUAUAGAAACUAUCAAUUAAUCAGAGUGUUUCCUAAUACGGUAAAUCACAUUACGGAUCUGCACGACUUGAGAGACGCUGAGCCUGAAAACAUCAAAUUUUGGUCCUUUCCAAAUUUAAACAGGACUUCUGAUCUUGUUAUCGCGCCAGAUCUUGUAGCUGAUGUUAAGGACUAUUUGAGAGAUAAUAAAAUCAACUUCAAGGUGUUAAUAUCGGAUAUUCAGAAAACAAUUUCAUAUCAAAAUCCUAAAAUGACGAAAGAACAACGCGAAGACUUGGUGACCACUCAAGGUCAUAGUAUGACAUGGAAACGUUAUCAUCGAUACGGAGAUAUUAUGCGCUAUUUAGAAUACCUAGCUUUCAGGUAUCCCAAAAUAAUUGAGUUAAUAACUAUCGGCCAUAGUUAUGAAGGUCAACCAAUAAAAAUGGUAAAGGUUUCGACAGGAUUAAAGAAAGACGGUGAAAGAAAACCUGCGAUUUGGAUCGAUGCUGGCAUGCACGGACGAGAAUGGAUCGGUAGUGCCGUGGCGACCUACAUAUUGAGCCAGUUAGUUGAGAGGAAUUCGACCUACUCGAAAUUGUUGGAUAAUUCAGACUGGAUGAUCUUGCCAGUUGUCAAUCCCGAUGGUUAUGAAUACAGUCAUAUUGGUGAUCGCUUUUGGCGGAAAACUAGAAGUAACCACGUGGAAAGUGAAGAGGAUAGUAGGUACACGCCUUCCAACUUUUUACAGUUCGUAACGCAUUAUACUAGGUGGUUCUGGGCUAAAUGCGAAGGAGUUGAUCCGAAUCGUAAUUUUGCAUACCACUGGGGCGAAGAGAAGGAAGGGGCCAGUUCAGAUCCUUGUCAUGAAACUUAUUCAGGACCGUUCGCCUUCUCCGAACCAGAGACGAAGGCCAUGGCAGAUUAUAUUAUGGCAAAUAAACAACAUAUUCGAAUGUAUUUGACUUUGCAUUCUUAUUCUCAAAUGUGGCUUCUACCUUGGGGUCACACACGUUCGAAGCCGUCAGAUUAUUCCGAUAUGAUAAACGUAGCGAAAAAGGCAAUUAGCGCGAUCGCAAAAGUUCAUGGCAGUCAUUAUCAACUUGGACCGGUGACAGAUCUGAUGUAUCCAAUUUCUGGGGCAUCUGACGAUUGGGCCAAAGGCGUCGCCGGUAUAAAGUAUGCGUAUACGGUGCAAUUACGUGAUCGUGGAACGUACGGAUUUCUGUUGCCGGCGACUCAGAUAGUUCCGACCGCGCGUGAGAUCUGGGCGGGAAUUCGCGCAAUCGUUCGCAUGGUUACCUGUAACACGUGA